AUGAUUUCGGGCAAAAUUAUUUUAAAAUCAGCUACUAAAUUAUCACUUGAUAAAAGAUUUACUGAAAUUGCUAAACAAACACCAACAAUUCCACCACGUAUACAACAACAAGCUAAUGUUAUUAUUCCAUAUUCAAGACAAGAAUUAUUUGGAAAUAAACGACCACAUGUUUUAACUAUUGCACAACGACUUAAAAAACGAAGUAUUAACUAUCGACUUGGUCUUAAUACUAAUACAAAUGCAAAUCGUUUCUAUUCAACUCCAAAUAAACCACGUGUUUUUCAACGGCUUAGUUAUACAAAUCGUCGACGUAUUGAUGGAAGUGGAAAUAAUUCAGGAGCUAAUCGAUAUUUAUUUGGUGGACAAAGUGGUAUGGGUAUACGUCUUCGUGGACAAGGUCGAAUUCGUGGAACACGAACAUUUCGUUCUCGAACACGUGGUUAUUUAAAUAAUAAUACAAUUAGUCGAUAUAGUGGUUAUUCAAUGCGUGGAAAUAAAAAUAAUCGAGGACGACGUUAUGCAAACAAUAAUAAUAAUUAUAAUAAUAAUAAUAGAAAUUUUAAUCGAUCAAAUCGUGGUCGUUUUGGAAAAAAUCCUAAUCGUGGACGUGGUCGAAAUAAUAAUAAUAAUAAAAAUCUUACAAGAGAAACUCUUGAUACUGAUCUUGAUAAAUAUAUGGCUCAAACAAAAAUUGAAAAUGAUUCAGUUGAUAUGAAUCUUAUUUAA